UUAUAAACGUUCCAAUUUUCUGUUUGUGAAAUGUUAUGAAAUUUAUUUUUGUGAUUUGUAUAAUCGUACAUAGAGCAUCUGCCUCAGGCUUUCUGUCAAAUAAUUGACGCUAAUAAUUUACAUAAAAAAACGUCGAUUAUAUCGAUACAUGUACAGAGUUUUUUAUGAACAGUUUCUGGUACUUUUUUUAUAAAGAACAAUAACAAUUAUUUAGAUGAUAUUGCAAGUUGAUAAGCUCCAACAAUGAAUAUGACAAAGAAGAUAAACGUCAACUUUUCAUCCCUAGUGGGUUUAAAGGCAGAACUGUUAAGAAAGCAAGCUGAAGUAAACGAGGUCAAGUUGAAAACUGAGUCUAUUAAUAUACCACCAUUGUUGAAUAAGAAAAAAAACAAGAAGAUUAUUGCAGAUGAUGUGAAAAAAAAUACCAAGAAAUCUAUGGAUUCGGAAGAUAUCAUCGCUCACAAAAAGUCAAAAUUAAUGCUGGAGGCCAAAGCGAGAUUAUACGAAAGAUUGAAGAAAUCCAAAAAUAAUAAUGAUAAAUUUCUUGUUGAUUUUGAGAAUAAAUUAGAUGAACCUGAUGAAGAAUUUGUGGAUGAAACGAUUGAUAAAGAAUACCCUAUAGAGUCAGAGGAAAAUUGGGUAGAGUAUCAGGAUUGUUUUGGUCGCACAAGGAAAUGUUUGCGGGAGGAUUUGCCGCACAUGCAAAAGAAAGAUGAAUUGAUAAAGCAUGAAAUAAUGAAGAAGCAUAUUGGCGAAGACAAAGAAGAAGAGGAUAAAGAACAAUAUCCUGUUCAAGAGAAAGAACCUGAGAUAGAAAUCAUGAGAAGAAAAUGGGAGGAGCAAACACGAAAGCUUGUGGACAAGGUGGACAUACAUUAUCAAGAUAUAUUAUUUGACGAAGCACGAACACAUGGUGUUGGUUAUUAUGCAUUUUCGCAAGAUGAAGAGGAGAGAACAAAGCAGCAAGAAAACCUGGCAAACUUAAGAAAGGAAACGGAGAGAAAGCAGAGGGAAAUGAAAGAAACUAAGGAAUUGAAGGAAAGAUUGGAACAGAAUAGACUAAAGGCGGCGAGAAUUAGACAACGUAUCAGAGCAGGUUUACCAGCAGAACCUACAGAAGAGGAAUUAGUCCAAGAAAACAAGUUAACUAAUUCAAAUGACGAUAUUAAUACUAGCAAAGUUGAAUCUGUUGAGAAAGAUAAAGAAAACUCUAAGGAGAAAGUUGAUGAUGCAUCUACAAGUAUCAACGAAUCUAUCCAAGAAGAGAAGACUAGUGACGAAGAUAAGAUAAAAGCUUUUGGAGAACUUUUAAACAAGAAGAAUCACUGGCACAUAAUGUCGCAAGAAGAAUGGGUGGAUAAAUGUAGAGCGCAAAGAAUUAGCGAAUUUGGGCCAGUUUAUGAUAACUUUAAAAGUACCGGAUUUUAUAACAGUUCUCAGAGUAUCGAUGAACAUUUAACUCUUAAAGAAAACAAAGAACUGGACAACAUAGAGACUUGUAAUUCCCAGGAAUCCAUUGAAGAAUCUAAUAAUUUACAGAAUCAUGAAGGUAGUAAUGAGUCUGUCGAUAAUGAAACAAUCUCAGUUGUGAAAAAUAUUGAUAGCAAUAGUCAGAAUAAUAAAACCGAUUUACCAGAAUAUAAUGCAGCUGAUAACUCUUCUGAAUUGUUUGAAAAUACAAUAGGACCGACAUUAAUCCCUACCGUGACUUUACCUAACUUAUCUCAGAGACAAACAACAGUUUCAUAUCCGUUAUCUCAUCUAUCUAGCAAUUAUUCACGAAAUAUAUAUGGGUACUCUGAGAUAUACAUGUCUGAACAACAAACAACUAUGGAUAUCCCUCUUCCUGGUGAAAAUAACAUUUUACCUUCAGCUUCCAACGAUGUGACUCACACAAACAAACAAGAAUCAUUAUCACGAAGUAUAAACGAAGAUAACAUUAUGGCAGGUCUCAAAUAUUUAAGAAAAAAAUUCGAAGCAAGUCAUAGUAAAUGAGCAU